AUGUAUAUUUUGGACCUUUUGAAAGGGGUACUGAAUGGAAACCGAGAACAACAAGAGAAGCCGAAACAGAUACAUGUUAUCAUCAUUGGUGCAGGCCUCACAGGACUCUUGCUUGCGCAGGGUUUACGAAAGCUGAACCUCAAACUUGAGGCACAAGGCCAACCGAUCCAGUUUACGUACAGUAUCCACGAGCGCGACGAGUCGGCUUUCUACCGCGGCGGUGGUUUUAGCCUCACAAUACACUGGGCGCUCCAGCAACUCUAUGACAUCCUCCCCGAGGAACUUUCAGCACGGAUUUUCGAAUGCGUCGGUAAUCCAGAGGCAAUUAAAAAUGGACAUAUGGGAUCAUUCACCUUUCUGAAUCUCCGGACAGGAAAUCCUGCUUUCCAAACAUCUCUUCCCCCAGGGUGGAAAGGGGCGCGCAUGUCUCGUGUUAGGUUCCUGAAACUGCUGAUGACCGAUCUUGACAUUCAAUAUUCGAAUCGUCUUUCCGAAAUCACGUUCCCGACAAAGGAUACGGUCCGCGCCCAUUUCGAAAACGGUCACCAAGUAACUGGAGAUCUUCUGGUUGGCGCAGAUGGAGCAAAUUCAGUGGUCCGUCGCUUUAUGUAUGGCACUGAGAAUUCAAAGAAUACUCAGCUGCCCGUGCGCAUGCUCAAUUGCCGUUCGAAUUACUCUCUCAAGGAACUUGAGGCUUGUUUGAGAAUUGAUCCGCACCUCUUCCAUGCCGGUGAUCCCGUGCAGAAUGGCUAUUUCAUGUUCGCCUUCCUUGACAUGCCAUCUCCGGAAUCGAAGGAGGGCAAAGCGGGGGUCCAAUUAACUAUAAGCUGGCCCUAUGAAUCGGGGUAUCUUGACGAAAAAGAACCGUCAGAUGCGCCAACCAACCUUCCGGAUCAGUUAGCUUGGUUGAAACGCAUGGCAGAGCACUGGGAGAAUCCCGUGUAUGACUUGAUCCAAGGUAUGCCAGAUGAUAGUAUUGUCCGUGUCAUCGCCGUCCAAGAGUGGAUGCCAAAUGACACGAACCGGCGUCAGACCGACGGAAGGAUCACCACGGUUGGCGAUGCAGCUCACCUGAUGACGUCUUUUCGCGGGGAGAAUGCUAACCACGGAGUGGUUGAUGUGGCUAAAUUGCUCGCACUCUUAGCACCUAGUAGCAGCAAUGACAUUGAUUUACGAGAGGUUGUGAGCGUCUAUGAGGAGGAAAUGAUUCAGAGAUCACGACCAGCCACCGUGAAGGCUCGAGAGGCCUGCUUGGACGCUAAUCACUACUCCAGUGUAGGAUCAGGGAGUCCGUUUUUGUCGCGACGUACGGCUCUGGAAGAGAAGGAAAGAGAACUUUUGAAGCGGUCUACGUGA